CCCGUCCCUCCCCGUCUUCAUUUGACCCCACGCAGCCCACGGUUUGCUAGCUCCAAUGCUGCUCCAAUGGUGGGAUGUGCCCCUCACCAACUUUCGACCUCAAUUCUUUCACAAGCUUUCAUAAUUUGAUGCUCAUGUAGCCUCGUUGACACCCAAUCGCGCCAACCGGGUGUAUUAUAACCGUUAGCGGAAAUAUCGAUUAAUACCCGUUUAUUUGAAAUAACUUGGCUAGAUCUAUCAAAUUUACUCAUGAUUGAAAGGGGGAUUUGUACAUCUUAUCCUCCUCUAUCUCCUCCCCUUCGCUCAUGUCUCUCGCCUUGGCUUCGCAAUGUCGUCGAGCCGCCAACCGUCACAUAGGUCCGCAAAACGAUAGCAUUUGGAUCCCGGAGGCCCUUCUCGCCGCUGCAUUUGGUCGUUACUGUGCGAAGUCAAGGAUAAUCGCUCGUCAUGGCUCCUCUGUUCCCGGUCCGAUGGAGAAUCGAAGGCGUAUGGGGAAAAGACACAUGAUAGAACUGAAUCCAGGUAACUUACGCUCUGCCUCGCCGCCAUGGGGGCUUGAGAAUUUGGCAGACCUAACACAAUGGCGUUGGAAACCGCCAUCACCGCCUCGUUCGCGACUUCAACGACACCGAGACGAGAGCGCGCAGGAACGGACCUUAGCACGAGCCAUGCUGAACUGGUUUGCUGAACCUUCCCAUGAUGACAUUAUGCCAAAAGAAUGGGUUGCAGAAAAAUCGUUGCCAAACAUUACUUGGGGCGCCCAGACUACGCCGACGCAAGUCAUCGAUACCGGGCUAAAUCUCAUCUUUCGGGAUUUAGAAUCCGAGGCAACGGCGGCGACAAGGCCAAAAUUUCCAGAAUUCUGCCGUAAUUGGGAAAAUUACCUUGCCGGCGGCUUCUAUUCUGGCGAUGUUAUCUGCGCCGUAUUGGAUGGCAUCCAACAGGGGAUUAAUACACCACGAGCAGGCACUGGGAAACCUUUGGAACGGGUCUCUGAUCGAAUUAAGCUAGAUCUCCUCGACGCCACUGUUUCAGGUCUUUCUAGCCGCCGAGUACAAGAGCAUAGCUCUCUAGACGCCUUUUUUUGGUGCGACUUAUUACAAAGAAUUUCAGAGUUGCGGAUUAAUAGCGUACGCGUUCUUACAAAAGCCAUGGGUAGUAUACCGGAAGAUUACUUAAACGACAUAUCAACAGGCGUUCUAGCAAAUUUGCGUACCUACUUGAUUGCCUCAAGCCGUACCUGGAAGCGUUCGGCUGUCAUCCGGCAAACUAAUAAAAUAGCCGAGCCCUUAAGGAGACUUAACCUAGCCAAUAAUCUCCAUAUAUUAGAAAGCGGCACUCAGUAUGUGUUGAUGCAUAGGGAAUCGACAGACGUGUAUUUCCCUCGAAUGCGUAUGGGAUGGCUACAUCUUCUAGCCCGGUUACCAAGCGUAGAUGGCCGUUACCUUAUACAGGCAGCUUGUAUUCUUGAAGCUGGCAAAGACACAAAGCCUAUUUCGGGGAGAGAAAUUUGCGAAAUGUAUCUGGUCAGGUGUCGUUCUUCGCUUAAGCAUCAAGCAGACAUGUAUAAUGUGUUCCAGGGAACUCGAAAAAAAGACUCGACGUACUACGGCUACCUCGGCAUGGCACUAUGGAAGACAGGCCAAUUUGACCUUGCGAGGGGCCUUUGCGAGUUCCUCAAUCAACUCGGCCGAGAGCAAGAUAUUAUGAACUUCGCGAAAGGGAUGCGGAUCCUUGCCAAGAGCGCGGCAACCCCCUUAGCUAAUAUUGCUAUUGGGAUGGGCAAUCCAGUCCUAGCCAUAGAAAUCUUAAGUCUCUAUAGAGAAAGUAGAGCAGGAGGCAAAAGAAAGACCGACAGUAAGAAUUUCUGGGACACUAACUUAUCUACCGAGACCUUGAAAGUUUUGAUAGGAAAUCAGCCAUCCAGUCAUAACAAAGUUAUAAGUUCUCUGCGGGUAAAGCAGCUACUGGAAGAGCAAAGGCAAAGGCAAAGUCAAAGACCUGUCAAGUUCACCACGAGACGGAAGCUCCUAAAAGCAACCAAGGCAGCAAACAAAGUAGCAAUGGCAUAUGCUAUCUCACAAAAUAUCUCGCCUAGGCAAUCUUUUGCUUUUAUUUCACGGUGUAUCACCUACUUCCAAAGUAGACGCGGCACAGUAAUACCGACGAUAGCCCUACGGGCACUACUCCACAAUAUCACAAGGGACCUUGCAGAAGGGAAUCCGGGAAGGGUUACCCGGUUGCGGUGGUUUUUGUCGUUAUUAGACAAGCAUGUCGGCCGCGAUAAGAUGAUGAAGAUUGGAUUGGCUAUGAAGCAAUGGAGAGAAAUUAAUGCCCGGCAUCGCCGUAGCAAUAACGGAUGAGGCGCCGGCCGAAGCUGGGGUGGCUUGAAAAAAGCAAACAAAGCAUGAUUCCGGCUGUCUAGUGAACCGCUAGACGAUGGCCGAAUAUGAUAUACAAAACUACGACUGUUGGGUAUUAUGCUCGCGGUGUAUCGACACACGCCGGGGUAUGUGAUCUGCAUAUAUGGUCAAUAUAUGGAAAAUAGAAAGAAUACCUGUACGACAAGCAGAAUGUCGUGCGAACUACGUAAUACAUUGCAGUAUCGACUGAUUCUACCUGGGUUCGCUUGCUAAAACGUGAGGAGAGGAGGGUGGUGAUUGGUAUCUAUGACGGCCUAAAGUUUCUGUUAGAAAGAGUUGAGCUUGUUAUUACAUUACUAUCGGUUACACGGCAGCUAGGAUGUCUUGAGCAACACAAGCAUUAACGGACUUGGGCGUCAGCCUCUUACCACUAAGGUAGAUACCUUGAACACCUAGUUAGGCUAGUAACCAAUAUUCUCGAUAUGGUAAGGGGCUGAGAGAGUUAUAAGAGUGGGUAUAGUUACAUAGCGCCUUAUACUAUGUAGUUAAUUG